AUGCCGUUAGUCAUAGCCCUCCCCCAUCGUCGCGCCAUGCCCAACUCUGCCUCUGCCACUGCCUCUGCCUCUGCCACCGGCUCACGGCGGUCGUCCUCGCGGCGCUCUGCCAAGUCGCGCGCUGUUUCGCAGUCGUCGCGCACUUCGCGAGCCACCCGCUCAACGGCCCCCUCGAGUGUCUCCCUCUCUCCCUCCCGCGACGUCAAAGGCGAGACUAACGUCACUAUUCAACUUAGGAAAGGAAUCACAAUCAACCACCACACGGGCGACCAAGACUAUAGCGAGGAGGAAGGCUCGGGCGUACAGGUCCAGGGCCACCACUCGUCCGACUUCACCUCCUCUGAAGAGGACGACGACGAGGAAGACGAGGAAGACGACGACGACGACGACGACGAAGAAGAAGAGGACUUGGACUCGUGGGACUCGUUUGGCGACGGCGACGACUACAUUGAGGUCGACGAGAUCGAGCCCUCGGAUUCUGCCUCGCGGCCCCAAGGCAAGCACUCGCGCUCCCAGUCUCGUCACCGCCCCGCUGCCCACCCCCACCACCCGCCUCACCCGCCUCAUCCGCAUCCACACCACGCUGUCGCCCACCACCACGCUGUGCCCCCACCCCCGCCAGCUGCCCCGCGAUCCCGUCCCAAGGCUUCUCGUCGCGCUGAAUCGCGCCACGCAGUCCCUACCCCAGACCCGCCCUCGCGCCACAGGAGCCGCAGUCGAACCACACUGGCGCGCGAACACCGAGGCCCGCGGCAGCGGCCAAGGCCCGAAUCCGUCCACCCUCCAGACAGUCUCGAGGAUGCCGACGACGACUACCCGUAUGCCCAACAGCCUCGAGCCGGCGCCCCUCCUGGACACCCCAGUGCCAUGUGGAAUCAUGUCCCCCAGCAUGCUGGCAACGGUUACCAACCUAGCAUGAUGUCCGACCCGCGCUAUCAAGGCUUUCCAGCCCCCAGUGGAACGCAGUCACCCACCAAUCAACUGGUGCCCUUUGGCCACGAUCAAUACUACCAGAAUCCUUUUCAGCCAAACGGACAGAACCCCUUUACCGCUGGUGCGGCCCCUCCUGCCCCUCCUGCCCCUCAUGCGCCCCCCCCUCCUCCUCCAGGCGCAGACCGUGGUGGCUACUUCCCGGACCAUCAAGACCCCAUGCGCCCAGGCCACCGAGGUCCCCGCACUCCCAUGCCUCCGGCACCACCACCGCCUCCAGGUGACAUGAUGGCCUACUCGCCCGCUGGCUACUACCCGUCCUACGGCCACACAUCUCCCUACGGGGCGCCUCCAGGGAUGCCUCCUCCACACAUGUACGCGGCCUAUGCUCACCCCUCUCAUCCCUCACCGCCACCCGAGCCAAAACGACAUUCUUCCAAGCGCGGAACUCCCAAGCCCAGGCGUGAUCGGAGCGACGAUGAAGACGACCACCCACGUGAACGCGAGGCGGCCCGUACCCCUGCCCCACCGCCUCCACCGCCGCCUGCACCACCACAGACGCCUGGUAUGCAGGUUGUCCAGCUGCAGCAAUUGCAACAGAUGCAGCAAAUGGAGCAGCAAAUGGAGCAGAUGAUGCGUAUGCGUGAAAUGCAGCAGCAACUCAUGCCCUCGCCACCCCCACCCCCUCCUCCACCUGCGCCAGCACCGGCCCCCGAUCCAAAGGAAGAGAGUAUGCUCAGCAAACUCGAAGUCAUUCUCCUGCGCAAAGACGAGGAAGAGAAGAAGGCGGCAGAGGCCGCUCGCAAGGCCGCCGAAGAGGCCAAGUUUACCCGCCUCGAAAAUCUCCUCAUCGCGCAGCAGGAAGCCAAGAUGGAGAAGGAAAAGGCCAAGAAGAAGGCCGCAGAGGAAGCUGCACAAGCGGCCGCUGACGCGAAGAAGAGGGGAGACGAGGACAAGCUCGAAAAGCUCGAAAAGCUCAUCCUUGCCCAGAAAGAUGAGCAAUUGAAGCGAGAAGCUGCGGCCGAGGCGGCUCGCGCUGCAGAAAAGGCCGAAAAGGAUGCGGCUGCGGCCAAGGCUGCGGCCGAAAAGGAUGCGGCUGCGGCCAAGGCUGCGGCCGAGAAGAAGGCCCAGGCCGAAGCUGCAAAACUGAUGCUGGAUGCCGCUCAAAAGGCACGCGAGGAGGCGGAGAAGAAGGCCGCUGCAGAAGCCGAGGAGACGAAGAAGGCGCACGAAAAGGCCAUUGCCGAAGCUGCCAAAGCCGCCGAGGAACUGGAAAAGGCGAAGAAGGCAGCAGAAGAAGAGGCCGCCAAAGCAAAGAAGGAGGCCGAGGAAGAGGCCGAGAAGUUGAAGAAGGCUGCGGAAGAGGAGGCGGCCAAACUCAAGAAGGAAGCAGAAGAGGAAGCGGCAAAGGCCAAGAAGGCGCUUGAAGAAGAACAGGCCAAGAACAAGCCAUCGGAUGCACCCAAGCUUCCCAUCAAGUUCAAGGACGCCGUUGGCCGUAAAUUCAGCUUUCCAUUUGACCUUUGCAAGACAUGGAAGGGAAUGGAGGAGCUCAUCAAGCAGGCAUUUCUACAUGUCGACGUCAUUGGACCCCACGUCCAGAAUGGCCAUUAUGAUCUUGUCGGACCGGAUGGAGAAAUCAUCCUGCCCCAGGUGUGGGACAUUGUCAUCCAGCCAGACUGGGCUAUCACGAUGCACAUGUGGCCCAUGCCGGAACCUCCACCACCCAAGCCCGAUCCCGCCGAGGAGUUCCAGCAGCCAUUCCCACCGCCACCGCUGCCCGACCACGCGAUGCAAUUCGCAUCCAACAACCUUCCCCUGAAGAACAAAAAGAGGAGGAGCUCAAGCAAGAGGCGCGAGUCGGGGCACAUUGUCCAAGUUCCGCCGGCUGCUGGGGGCCCUCCACCACCACCCCCGCCACCGCAGACACAACAACAGCCUGAUAUCGUGGUUGUGCAUACCACUGCCAGCAGCUCGUCCUCGCGCAAGAAGCCUCCGCCGCCCAGUCCCUUUCUCAGCUGGAUUGUCGGGAGCAAGCCGGCGAAGAAGAAGAAGUGA